AUGCUAUACAUCUUUGUUGCAAGACUCAUUCUUGUAUACUAUGCUGUGCUCGGCUUCCGGCAUACCGGGCUUCAAAUAUCCGCCGCUCUCCGACUUGAUUACUUGACUUCUUUAAUGAGACUACCAGUCUCUACUGUUGACAAUAUACCUCCAGGGCACACUGCAGCUACAAUCACCUUGACUGCGAGUCAAGUUCAAGAUGGAAUAUCAGAAAAACUGUGUAUGCUAAUACAGAAUGUAUCGCUGAUAAUUUCGGCAAUAGUGGUCGCUUUUAUCUACAGCUGGCUACUGGCUCUCGUUACCGUGUCUGGUCUUGUAUUCGUCGUUGUUACUUAUGCUAUCACACUGCGGUACAUCGUUAAGACAUGGGAACAGAUAUCUGAGUCUGAUCGCGAGGGUGCAGCCACAGCUAGCGAGACAAUUUCAUCCAUUCGCAUGGUGGCAGCAUAUGGAUCGGAGAAGAGGCUGGCGGACACCUACCGCCGAUCAAUCGAUCAGGCCGUGAUAUCAGGACGUAAGUUGUCUUGGUGGGUCGCACUUCAGUCUGCACUUGCAUUCUUUGCUAUCUAUGGAACUGCUGCGCUCUGUUUUUGGUGGGCAGUUCAUUUGUAUGUGACGAGGAAGAUCACGGAUGUCGAAGUGUUACUUGUUGUUAUCACAUCCAUCCUAACGAUUGUCAUGUCGGUAGGCUCCAUCUCUGCUCCUCUAUCCGCAUUAGGACGCGCAGCCAGUGCUGCUGGAAUCAUUUUCGCGGUGAUUGAUGCCCCGAAGGCACAAUCCGAAGGCACGACAAUCACCGAGAGAUUCGAAGAAAAUGAUAUUAGACUUGAGAAUGUCAAUUUUACAUACAUAGGGAGGCCGGAUCAGCGUGUCCUCAAGAAUGUCACGUUAACGUUCCCUUGUGGAAAGAGUACAGCAAUCGUAGGGCAAUCUGGGUCUGGCAAAAGCACGAUAGUUGCCUUGAUUCAGAGGUGGUACGAGUUAGGUGUCGGUGCGAAUGAGGAUCCGGUGAUCAAUCUACUUCGAAACGGUCAUAUAAAAUUCGGGGAACACGAUCUUCACGAAUUGGAUCUCAAGUGGUGGCGAUCGCGGAUUGGUUUGGUACAGCAAGAACCAGUGCUGUUCAAUGCCUCCAUAUUUGAGAACGUAUGCCAUGGUCUCAUUGGCACGCAGUGGGAAAGGGAAUCUGAGGACACGAAGCGAGUCCUCGUUAUCCGAGCUUGUGAGGAAGCAUUUGCCCAUGACUUUAUCUCACGCUUGCCGCAUGGAUAUGACACCAACUGCGGUGACGCGGGGAUUCAUCUCAGUGGGGGACAGCGACAAAGGCUUGCCAUCGCUCGCUGCAUCAUCAAGAGACCUUCUAUUGUCAUUCUUGAUGAGGCGACGAGCGCGAUCGAUGUUCGUGGAGAGCGCAAAGUCCAAGCUGCUCUUGAUCGCGCGGCCCGAGGACGAACUACAAUAGUCAUCGCUCAUAACCUCUCUACCAUUAAAAAGGCUGACAACAUUAUUGUACUUCAGAAGGGCAUGGUCGUCCAGCAAGGUAGCCAUGAUAAGCUCAUGAAGAACCGAGCAGGGGUGUACCACCGACUCUUGAAUGCCCAACGCCUGUCUACCGGCGACGACUCUGGGGACAGGAGAUCAUUUGCCGCAUAUGUGGAUGCGUUGGACGCAAAGGAAUGGCCUGCUUGCAACGCGACAGUGAGCAAUGACUGCCUUCCUUUGAACAGUGCCACCUCAAAGACCUUCCGCGCCAUGCUGAUCUUCGGUCGAAUGAUUUUGGAACAAAGGGGUGGCUGGUAUUGGUAUCUUUUUAUACUCCUUGCCUCCGCCGGAGCUGGAGCUGCCUUUCCCGUACAGUCUUACCUUUUCGCGAAACUAGUAUCCGUAUUCUCCUAUUACGGAGAGUACCUGAUUGACGAGACAAAAUUCUGGUGCCUCAUGACCGUUGUCCUCGCUUGUUGCGUCGGUGUAUGUUAUUUCGCCCUAGGCUGGACAUGCAAUUCAGUCUCCUUUGUAAGAUGCCAUAAUAUUGUCGCCCAAUAUCGUUCCGAAUAUUUUGAAAACAUUCUUCGGAAGCCCAUAGCGUUCUUCGAUGAAGAAGACAACUCGACAGGGGUUCUAAGUGCCCGCGUAGCGAAUGAUCCUUCGCAGUUACAACAGUUGCUUGGAGUCAAUGCUGCAUCUAUGCUUACAUGUGUCUUUAACGUCAUUGGGUGCGUAACCAUAUCCUUUUACUUCAGUUGGAGACUGAGCGUCGUUGUCGUGUGCACAACAACCCCAAUCAUGAUAAUUGCUGGCUUCAUGAGAGUGAGGCUGGAAAGACAAUUCGAAAAGAAAACCUGGAAAGUGUUCAGCGACUCCUCUCAGUUUGCUGUUGAAUCGAUCGGGGCGUUCAGAACUGUCAGUGCGCUAGUCAUGGAAUCUUUCAUUUGUGAACGAUAUGAAAGAUUACUUGCUGCACAUGUGGAAAGUGCACUUCGUAGCGCCAUGUGGACGACGUUGGUGUUUGCAUUCAGUGACAGUGUCGCCCUACUUUGCAUGGCUUUUAGCUUGUGGUACGGUGGGAAUUUGCUUUCUCAAUACGAGCUGUGGCCUUUUGAUUAUUUGGUGGUGUACUUUGCAGUAGUGCAGGGAAGUCUAGCUGCUGGUCAAUGGUUGAGCUUCGGGCCCAAUAUUGCUCAAGCGCUAGGCGCAAUGAAACGUAUCCUUUCUUUGCGGACGAAUGAUCAGGUUGAAGAAGGUAUGCCGCUCGAGAGCCCCAACAACGAGAAGGGUAUAGAAGGUCCAAGAAUCGAAUUAAAAGAUGUUUGGUUUACAUAUCCCACGAGAAACGUGUCUGUUCUUCGUGGAUUAAACAUUACUGUGGAGAGGAAUCAAUUUGCGGCAAUCGUUGGUGCAUCAGGAUCCGGGAAGUCGAGCAUAAUCAGCCUACUUGAGCGAUUUUACCGGCCACAAUCCGGUAGCAUUUCUUUCGACGAUCAAGACAUCUCAAAGAUUAAGCUUGACACAUAUCGUCACGCGAUUUCUUUAGUAUCGCAAGAGUCCUCUAUCAUGACUGGCACGAUCCGAGAGACCAUACUGAUGGGCGUUGACCCCCAAACGGUUACGGAUUCCGAUCUAGAUCGCGUCUGUCGCGAGGCCGACCUCUACGAUUUCGUUGCAUCCUUUCCUCUAACUUACGACACAUUAGUCGGCCAACACGGCAUCGCUCUUUCUGGAGGACAGAGGCAACGGCUUUCCAUUGCCCGCGCUCUGAUACGCAAUCCAAGACUCUUACUGCUAGAUGAGGCGACCUCCAAUCUAGACUCAGAGACAGAGAAGAACAUUCAAAAGAUAUUUGAGGCUACCUGUCAGGGCCGUACAAUGAUAGUGGUCGCUCACAGGUUGGCUACGAUCCAACGCGCGGACAUCAUAUUUGUCAUGAGCGAAGGCCGAGUGGUCGAAGAAGGCAACCAUAAAGAUUUGCUCCAGAACAAGGGCGUCUACUGGCAAAUGGUAAGAAUUCUAUAA